GUAGUUUAACUCGGCCAUGCCUGGUUCUGGCAUCACGUCUGCACGAGCGUUUUACAUGAGGAUCUGUGCAAAGGCAAGUCCAUCAUAGACAUGAAAAUAGAGGGCAGUCGCGUUUGAGGUUUUGGAAACAUGUCCAAGAAAAGGGGCAGGAAGCGUAGCAGCGGCGAGCUCAGCGACAGUCUCACUCCGGAUCCCAACAACCUGCUCGGGCGACGAAUCCAACACAGCUGGCGGGAGAAGGGCGCACUGACCAAAUGGAAGGGAACUGUGCUGGACCGGCUCACCGCCAACUCAUCCUUAUUCAUGGUCAAAUAUGACGGCUUUGAUUGCGUCUAUGGCAUCGAGCUCUUUAAGGAUGAGAGGGUCUCCAAUCUACAAGUCCUGACAGAAAAAGUGGUGAACAACAAGAUCAAGGUUCCUCAUGACGCAGAGGAGCUGGUGGGGAAAGCCGUAGAACAUCUGUUUGAGAAGGAAGAUGGCGAGAAGAAUGAGUGGAGGGGGAUGGUGCUGUCUCGCGCACCCAUCAUGACUAACUGGUACUACAUCACCUACGAGAAAGACCCUGUACUCUACAUGUACCAGCUCUGGGACGACUACAAAGAUGGAGAUCUGCGGAUUUUACCUGAAGCAGAAAAUAAACACCUGCUGCCGGCAGACAGGAAGCCCGGAGAGGAAACAGAGAGUCUUGUGGGUAAGCAGGUGGAGUAUGUGACGGAUAAAGGCGUGAAGAGAACAGGCCUCGUCAUCUAUCAAGUUCCCGCCAAGCCGUCAGUGUACUACAUCAAAUACGACGACGAUUUCCACAUCCACGUUUAUGACCUGGUCAAGACCACCUAAAACAAACACAGACAAAACAAAGAAAACAAAAACAAACCCAGUGUCUCACCUCGUCAUAGCUUAAGAAUCAUCGCAUUGUACCUUCUCAUUGUACAGUUUGCCAAGCCUCGCUCUGAAGGGCUGGCUGCGGAGGUAUGAAGCAUUCAUGUGCAGGGUUUGUUAUUUUGUGAAAGGAGGGAGAUGAUUUUUUAAAUUGUCAUAUCCAAACAGUGUAUUUAUACAUGUGCAUUGGGUGUUAUUUGGUUCCCAUGUUUAUUAGCCCGUGAAACAGGACGUCUGUGCGAUGCAUAGCUUUGAUUCAGCCACAAGCCCCGGAAAAGGUCAAUCUCAUAUGAGUUUUGAGAUUUGUUUAUGAAUGUUCAGCCUCAUAAGGCUGGGGAAGCUUUCUUUCGUUUGAAUUGUAAAUAGCUUUGACCACAAGUUGAAAAGAUGCAUUCGUCAUGUCAGAGAGACAUUUGAUUUCGAAAGAAACGGGAAGAUGUUUUUUAACUGACACAGCAGAAACGUAUUUAUUGAAUCAAUAAGCUUCAAAAACAUGUUUGUACCCAGAAAACCUUUAAAACCUUUGAGUUGGGCAUCAUUUAACGCAAUUUGACAAAUGUUUGCGCUUUCCGCUACCUUUAGAAGGUGGUUUUGGAUUUUAAAAACAAGAAUCUGUUCUGCAAGGGCCCCACGAUAAGACUCGAUCUUGUUGUGAAUAAAUGCAGCAGGCAGGAGGUUAAAUUGGACCUUUAACACAUUUUUGGAAGUGGUUUCCUAGACUACUUAAGCUCAAACUAGACCUUUAGAGGAGUUUAAAUAACGAUUUACCUCUAGCAGACCAUUAAAAACAAGAUUAACUGUGCGACAUCAUGCCCCAUCUGUAGCAUUGCUAACAUGCUCAGUGAAGAGGGUUGUUUGUUUUUCCAAUGUGAAAUCAUCCAUGCUUUAUUGCUUGAGCACUUCUAAACACCAAACUACAUUUGUGAUUUUCAACGUCAUGCAUAGCGAAAACUCAAACUGUUCAUUGUUCAAGGUAUGUUUUAUUUUCUGUGUUGGAUUUUUUUUUGUUUCACUGUUGUUAAAUGAUCAAAGCCAAUAGAUACAGUACAAGAUUAAAUGAAAAUUUUGAUUUAAAGAAAUGCAAAGUUUUUCCUGUGCAAAAAAUGUGAAUUAAUCAUCUUUUUUAAAUAAUUAAUAAUAAUAAAAAAAGAUUUGAAACCAUGCUAUGUUGCCCAGUCCUCUGACCCCUGUUUGAUAAAGUCUGAUUUGUGACUUUAGUCAAAUUUGAAUCCAAUCCAACAGGCUGGAAACAGUUAAACUUAUAAAAACUUAAUCAAAACAACUUCUCCCAUUGCCUUUCUGUGAAUUAAAGGCACAUCAUAAGUGAUGACAUGCCUGUGUUUAUCAGAUUUGAUGUGUGUGUUAUUAAAGCUCUUGAGAUGGAGGCACCUUAUGUUAUCUCAGCUCCAAGUAAUGGAGAGUGAUUUUCUUAUUUCUUGUCAACUGACUACAGACAAGUGCAAACGUGUCAGUUUAACUGACCGCGUUUCGACAUCUUGGACUAGCUCUUUAAAAACAUGAUAAAAACAAAUAUUUAAAUGUGUUUGGUGACUCCUGUUUUCUAGCUUUUUUCACAUUUUGUCUGUAAAUAAUGCACAUAAGCGUGUCAUAAUCGGCCACCUGUUCAUGUAGCUGAUUAGGACUUUUUUUGCUUUAUAUUUUGUUUUGAAUUUGACCGUUUCACCACACUCUAAAGGCUCAGGUAUACUUUGUUUUUGCGCGUUUCGGAUCGGAUCGCGCCCGGCCGACGCUGUUGCCUUUGUGAGUAUACUUUUCUGACCACGAGCAAACACGAACGCGUUCGAUGCAUGCGCAUUACAACUGCUUUGUGAUAAUCUUUUGUGACAGUCAAUGGCCGGCGCAUGCGGCAACGAUGCGCACAGACGAGGACUGCGUCCACGGGUCAAGGAAAUUUGAGCGCCGCACGGUCAAGCCACGCGGCUGUGCUGAUGACAAAAUUUGUGUCGUGCAUACUGUGCGCGGAGCGAUCGGCAACGUGGACGCACAAAGUAUACUUUGCCCUGAGCACACUAAUACGUUUUCCUUUGAAAACACAUACAUUUUGCUACGUUUACGCCUCAUAUCCACACUGAAACAGCGAUUAUAACGAAAACGGAGCGUUUCGAAAACACUCAAUUGCCCCAUACUUUGUAAAAUUUUGACGUUAAGAAAUUGAAACUUGGAUUAGAGUGGAUGUGGCCUAAUUCUGCAUUUUGUCACAUCAAAGACAAGUUUCCAAGAAUUGUUUUUUUUUUUUUUGCUAGUUGUGUUUAAAUAAUAAAUAUGAAGUAAUUAUUAUAACAUGAUCUGUUUUAAGUUGAUCACAUAAAAUGUACUGCUACUUACAAUAGACCUACUUAUAAAGGGAUGUGGGUAGCUCUUUAUUUUACAGUACUGUUCAACAUUUACGUACUAUAUAAUUUUAACACCUAUAGUAAUUACUAGAUACUAAACCUAACCCUAACCUUAACCCAUAUUAAGUACAUGUAGUUACCUAAUAUUACUUUCUUGGGUAAGUACAUGUACUGUAAAAUAAAGUGCAACCGGAAUGUGUUUAUGUAAAUGUAAUACAAACACUAUAGGAUUUAAUUGGUAAAUUGGUCAAUGUUUUUUUUUUCUUUUUUUUUUUGUGCUUUUUUUUGUUUGUAUGUGGUUAUGUCUCAGACAGACAGAAAGGUUUUGUAUCACUUCAUUACAUUAGUAAUUCACAAAGAAAUCAUAAGUGGUUUACUGUAUAGUUUUGGUGUAGGUAGAUAUUCAAAAUUUCCUUUUAAAGAACACACAGCACAUUUAAAGGGAAAAAUAAAAUUAUUUGAUCAUUUAUUCACCCUCAUGUCAUUCCAAACCUGUAUGAUUUUCUUUCAUUGAAAACAAAAGUAGCUGUUUAGCAGAAGUUUGACGCUGCGCUUUUAUUUUGUGCAAUUUGAGUUAUGAGAAAAACAAUUCGGUCAAAUGCUCAUUCAUCUAAAUGGUUUGUUUACCUUUCAGCUGUGAAAAUGGAGUUUCUGGUCAUUUUGCCAUUAUGUUGGGUGGGAAGUUUUCUGUAUAUUCUCCAUCGUGUUUUAAAAACACUUGUAUUAUAUUUCAAUGAAAAGAUUUGAUGAUUUCAAGCUGUUGAAAUGGUUUCACGAUUCUCAACAGGCUUCUGCAGUUUUAUUUCUCCUAUCUGUGAACGAGUAAUUCUGUCUCUGGCUUCUUUGUAAAUGUGUUUUAUCGUGCGAUCUGCAAGCUUCUGCUGAUUCAUCUGAUUCUCUUAUUUAAUCUGUUCUUUUGCUACUUUUUACCAAAGUUACGUUUCAUUAGGUGAUAUUGAGGAGUGUCACUUUGUUCAUCUUGUCUGUUUGUGUAAUGAAGUUAUCAUAAAUAAAAGAGAUAUUUUUUGCACUGAA